AUGCCCACCAUCUCAUCCCUCGACUCUCCUGAAGAGCUUUUUCCAGACAGGAACACGACCAAGAUCCUCGGUAAGAAGUCAAACCAACCCAUGGACGGGUUCGCUCUCUGCCUCGGGGACGUGACGAGAUUGCACCGAUUCGAAGCUCUUCCCGGCCUAAAUAUCGACUUCGAGCUACGAAGAUACCCCGAACACCAUGGAGUGCUGGGGUUGGAAGCCGGGGAAGACCACGGCAAGAUACGAGUUUUAUACGACCCCCACCCCGGGAAGUGUACCCAUCUGCACUCUACGCUACUACAAACAGCUCUACCUCCCCAGAAGGCCACCACCACCUACAAAGAAGAACUUACGUCUGUCCUCGACAUAGCACUAAAGAUGAACCCGCCACCAAUUCCCGAAGAUGAAUUCGUUCUUUAUGCAGAUGUUUACGCAAAGGAAGGCUGCGGCGACGAGCUCGAACGAUUGAUCCGCAUUUUGAUCCGAAUGGUUGAGUCGGAGCCUGGGACCUUGGAAUACGUCAUCUCCAGAGAUCAUAAUGAGCCGAACCACUUCUUCGUCUUUGAACGAUACACCGGCAGAGAAGCGUUUGAGUCGCACUGUGCGACCCAGGAGUACCAAAACCUCCUCAACGCGGGACUGUUGGUCGAUCUCCCACAGCCCAAGAUCUUGAAGCAAUUGAAGCCCAUCUAG